GGGGGGGCUUGGCAGCACUGGGACCUGCUCAGCUCCUCAUCACAUUCAGCCGGUCAGAGGAUGGAGGCGAGGUGAAAACACAUCUCAUUGGCUCCCGCUGCUCCAUUUAAAGGAAUCCAACUGGUUUGUCCUUUAAGAUCCUUCAGCAUCUCGUAAGAGGAACUUUAAACGUUCGCUAUAUUCUGAAAGGGAGCAUAAAUUUUGGAAGAUCCGAUUUGGAGCGUGGAGCAACGUCUUUGAGCCACUUUUCUAUACAGCCUAUGUAAGAGAAUCUCGUCAAUGAUCGACGAACGAUUUAAGAGCAGCAAAAAGCAAUAUUUCUUGCCUCACUGAAAUAACCUAUAAUAGAGAGAUUUCUGUGGUGCACGAGGGAUCUCUAUAAGAGCUUUAAAGGGUUACUUAGGGACUUUAUUCCAGAUCCAAAGGAUGGAGAUAUGAAUGAUUAACACUCGACCGGCUGAUCAAAUAUUAAGUCAUGGAACGAUGGGGCGCUUUUUUAUAAGUAGGCUACAUAAUAUUUUCCCACGAUAUGGAGAGUUCGCCAUGCGCUCCUUUGGGAACCUCUGCUGUUGGUAACUUUUAUACCAUGGAUGCAGGAGGGCUUUCAACAAGUUUUAGGGCUCGUUUAUCUUCUGGAACAUGAUUCGAAUUGAUUCUGCGAUUUUGUGAGGUAAUUACGCGAAAGCUGCAGGGUUACUGAAGACUUUUGAAUAGGUUUUUGUCAUUCAUUUAUCGCACGAUCCGGAGAAGACCUCGUCGGCUCUUAUGGGAAUUAAACACUCCUCCCGCUGUUUGCUCCUCAGGAGAAAAAUGGCGGAUACGGAGAGCACUGAGCAACAGCCCCUGAGUGCUGCCCCAUCCCAGUCGGUCCAGCCAUCUCCUCUGCCCAAACCAGUGUCAUCGGUCCAUCAUGCCCAGAGGCCCACACACCCGUCCCACGCGCCUCACACCCCUCACUCUGCCAACUUACCCAGCUGCCCCGGCAGAGGAAAGAUGGCCAAGUUCCUCAACCCCGACGAGAUGACCUCCAGGGAUUACUAUUUUGACUCGUACGCCCACUUCGGCAUUCAUGAGGAAAUGCUAAAGGACGAAGUGAGGACGUUGACAUACAGGAACUCCAUGUACCAUAACAAACACAUCUUCAAGGACAAGAUCGUGCUGGACGUGGGGAGUGGUACUGGCAUCCUCUCCAUGUUUGCUGCCAAGGCCGGAGCCAAGCACGUGUACGGGAUUGAAUGCUCAAGUAUAUCAGAAUAUUCGGAGAAAAUCAUCAAGGCCAAUCACCUGGACAGUGUUAUAACCAUCUUUAAAGGGAAAGUGGAAGAGACAGAGCUGCCGGUAGAUCAGGUGGACAUUAUCAUCUCAGAGUGGAUGGGUUAUUGCCUUUUUUAUGAGUCCAUGCUCAACACAGUCAUCUACGCCAGAGAUAAAUGGCUGAAACCUGGAGGUCUGAUGUUCCCAGACAGGGCUGCUCUAUAUGUGGUGGCCAUUGAAGACAGGCAGUACAAGGACUUCAAAAUUCACUGGUGGGAGAACGUUUAUGGUUUUGACAUGACCUGCAUCAGGAAUGUAGCUAUGAAAGAACCACUGGUGGACAUCGUGGACUCAAAACAAGUGGUAUCCAACGCCUGCUUGAUCAAGGAAGUGGACAUCUACACAGUGAAGCCAGAGGAACUGUCCUUCACCUCCUCCUUCUGUCUGCAGAUCCAGAGAAACGAUUAUGUCCACGCUCUGGUCACUUACUUCAAUAUCGAAUUCACCAAGUGUCAUAAAAAGACUGGCUUCUCCACAGCACCAGAUUCCCCGUACACACACUGGAAGCAGACAGUGUUUUAUCUGGAGGAAUAUUUGACUGUGAAAAGAGGAGAGGAGAUAGUCGGCACCGUCAGCAUGAAGCCAAACGAGAAGAACGCACGUGAUCUGGACUUUACCUUUGAGCUGGAUUUUAAAGGUCAGCUAUGUGAGGCCGCUAUCGCUCACGACUAUAAGAUGCGCUAAGUAUCCAGCAGUGGUGAGAGACGGUUUGUGACAGCACUCAGAGAAGCAGAGGCAGGGGCCGCUCCGGAUCACAGCUACAGCCCUGCUGCUGGGAAGAGACAGAGACAGAGAGAAAGACCAGCACAGAAGUUAUCUCUGGGAGUCUUGCCAACGUUUCUGGAGCGGAGUGGCACUUCUAGCAAUAGCAGCCUUGCCUUCGCCGACUCUAGCCUGCACUAGUACGCCAUCUCUCCGACUGUUCAGGGGCCAACUAUGACUACACCCCACUGCAAACAAAAGAAUGUCAUGUUCUUAUGAAUGUUAAGUGUUAGUUUAUGGUUACACUUUGCUUUUACAUUGGGAGUGUGAGAUAAGAUAUUUAAUAUUGAAGGUUGUCCCAGGCAUUAAGAAUAUCUCAAUUUAACAUAUCGUAUUAAGAAAAGUAAGGUAAGUGAUCUCAUAGAUUUAAAUUUAAAUCAGGUUUUAACAAAAUCCAGGUCAUUCUCAGAAAAUAGUACAGUUUUUUGCUAAAAAUAAUCUACUGCUUACUAAAAUAUCAUUGGCCAACGUUAAGAAUUUUUUUUUUUUUUUGCACCUACAAGGUUGGCAAAUACAACUGAUGCUUUACGAAGCUAAUAUAAUUAGUACAUAAAUAUUGAUGAAAUCCAUAAGAAAAACAUUGUGGUGAAACAUUUUUUUCACCACAAUGUUUUAUCAAAAAGAUCAGUUAUGUUUAAAUGUCAUGGCAUAAGCUGCAAUUUUUUAACUGAGUAAUUAUACAUAGACCAUUAAAGAAUAUUUGAAUGUCAAUUAAAGCUAAAUUGACAUAUAUUUAAAUUAAAUUUAGCUAUUAUUAUAUUAUAUUAUUAUAUUAUAUUGUGAUGAAUGGGGACAUCCAAAUUGGAAUCAAAUUGCAUGGCAGUUUCAUACUGCAAUAAAAACCAAGCUUUUAAAAAUAUAAUUUAUGUUUUAUUUUAAAAGGUCUUUGAAUUACACGCCAAAUGUAAUUUUAUAAUAUAAAAUAAUUAGGUUCUGCAUCCUAUUAAUUAUAUAUAGUACAUCGUGUGGACACCAUUUCCUGAGAACAGCACAUCGAUUAUAAAAUUUGAGAUUUGGGGCAUCGAUAACAGUUUUUUCUUGCCUAUGAUCAUCAGAGGAAAACAAAUCAGAUGCUAAUAAUGGAAACUGAAGGAUAAAAGAGUGAUUGCAAUACAGUGAUGUGGUAAAAUUGUAAAUUUGUUUUUCUAGUAACUUUAUAAGACUGCAAUAUGUAGUGUAAGUAUUAUUUAUGAUUCUAGGUGUGUGAAAUUACAUUUCCACUUACAUCUGCUAACUGAGCACAGAGAUGAAAAUAGAAAAAUAGAAACAGCACACGAUACAUAUCAAAAUAUAGAUGGCAUGUGAAAUUCUGGCUCUGUCUGCGGUGAGAUCUUGAUGAGCUGGACUCAGAUGGCACCUGCUGCUCUUCACCUGUGCUCUUAUUAGAGUCUUUGCCAAGGCCAUGGCUGGGAUCGUCCCGGUCCAUCUGUGACCCCCGUGUCACAGCUGACUAUACUGUUCAAGUCCUCACCAAAGACAUUCAGUUCACUUGCAAAGCACAUUGUUCGUUAGCAUUAUAUUUCUUGUUCAUAGUUUGUUUUUACUAUAGGUAUUUAUCUGAUUCCUUGGUGGAAUAUUUUGCAAUAUUGGGAAGCGUGAAUAACUAUCUUCUCUGUGCAAGGAAUGUUUUCCUCAUCCAUUAUCCAUUUUCAACUGGGUGUUUGGUAUUGAAAUUUGAGGUUUACAUGUUAAAAAAUGAUUAUUCUGCCAUGAUUUGAGCAUCUGUCGAGAUAAUAGUAAAUAAAAUUGCUUAAAACUAAUUAAAGCUAGGUAAAAUGUUUAUAGGUGUACAAUAGCAUGCCUUUGAAAGCGUAUUUGGCUGUUUAUGAAGACAUGUUGCUGUUGUGAUUAAAAACAUAAAAAGAAUAAACAGUUCUGAAACGUGGGUGAUGUUAGAUGGUAAAGCAAAUAAAAGUCAUUUGUCCAUUAAUGUGAGGUGUAAUGCUUGAUUGUGCUCUAUUCUAAAUGUAGCUCCACUUGUAGUCCACAAGGGGGCUUAAAAGGAUUAUAAAUAUAAAAUAAAUGACACAAGUCUAUCUGAAGUACUUACGGUGACCAUACGUCCUUUUUAUGCUGGCUGGGAUUUCUAAAUUGCCUAAAAUGUCCGGGUUUUGCCUUUAUUUUCCU